AUGGCGACAUGGAGAUCCGCGGUGCGCCAGUGGCCUCGAUACCUCCGCCGCCCAACCCCGGUGGGUAUCCUCCCGCGGUUAAGCCAGCUGAGGGUUCAAACUCAACCUACCCUCCGCCGCGGAUAUGCUUCGAUCUCGGCCGCAGAGCUUAAGUUUGGACAGCCGUUGCACGAGACGCACCCGCAUUUGCUGAGCCCCGGAGAGUUGACGCCCGGAAUCAGCGCCCUCGAGUACGCCCAGCGUCGUUCACGACUCGCAAACAAACUCCCGAAAAAUGCAGUUGCUGUUCUGGCGGCCGCGGAGGUGACCUACCGAGCUUCGGGGAUCUUCAACGAGUAUCGCCAAGACUCAAACUUCUUCUAUCUUACCGGCUUCAAUGAGCCGAAUGCCCUAGCUAUCAUUGUGAACGAUGGUUCGGGCGACAACCACCUCUUCCACAUGUAUAACCGCGAAAAAGAUGCAAAGGCUGAGCUGUGGGAUGGUGCUCGCUCAGGCACACAGGCUGCGAUGGACGUAUUUAAUGCCGACGAAUCAGGCGAUAUCGAACGUAUUGGCGAAAUCCUCCCCAAAGUCCUCUCGGACGCGACAGAGAUCUAUACGGAUAUCCCAGCCUUCAACCCAGGACGGUCAUCUUUACACCGCUAUCUAUACGGUCCAAGCGGCGCAUCUGAGAAGCUAAAGAAACUCGUUGAUCACCGCAAGGUUAAACCGCUACGCCCCAUUAUGAAUGAGAUGAGGGCCUUCAAGAGCGAGGAAGAGGUCGUCCAGCUGCGGCGAGUUGGCCAAGCAUCUGGAAGAGCAUUCACCGAAGCUAUGAGGCAUACAUUUACAAAAGAAAAGGAUCUGACGUCCUUUUUGGAAUAUAACUUUAAGAUCAAUGGCUGUGACAACAGUGCAUUCGUUCCCGUCGUUGCUGGUGGUUCGAACGCGCUAAGUAUCCAUUAUACAAAAAAUGAUGACGUGCUAAGGGAUGGAGACAUGGUGUUAGUUGACGGAGGCGGUGAGAUGGGGACGUAUAUCUCCGAUAUCACUCGGACGUGGCCAGUUAGUGGCAAGUUCUCGGAUCCUCAGCGCGACCUUUAUAACGCAGUGUUGAACGUGCACCGCAGCUGCGUCUCCCUUUGCAGGGAGAGUGCAGGACUGUCACUUGACCGCCUACACGGCAUUGCCGAAAAUGGUCUGAAGGACCAACUGCGACAGAUAGGAUUCGAUAUAUCGGGAGAUCAUGACUUGAGAACGCUUUUCCCUCACCACCUGGGACACUACAUUGGACUGGACGUUCACGAUUGUGCCGGCUAUCCCAGGACUUAUGACCUUAAGGCUGGUCAAUGUAUCACCAUAGAACCCGGCAUCUACGUUCCAGAUGAUGACCGGUGGCCGGCUAAGUUCCGAGGCAUCGGAAUCCGCAUCGAGGACAGUGUGUGCGUCGGAGACGACAAUCCUAUUAUAUUGACAACUGAGGCAGUGAAAGAGGUGGAAGAUAUAGAGGCACUGCGUGAUUAG